AUGUUGAGAGUGUGUAAAUCAUCCAUGUGGAAUGGCAUAACAGAGUCCAUGAUCAAAACGUCCAAUCCAUCAUCAAGAAAACUUACCAAUGCCAGAAUUGAUUGUUGUAAUAGUAAAACAGAAAAAGGAGGAUGGUGUGGUAAUUCACACACCACAGAUAACUGGAUUGAGGUGGACUUUGAUCAAGGUGUAGGAAUACGUGAGCUUGUUAUUCAAAAACCAGAAGAUGCCCACGAGGGUUAUGUAAUGUCUGUAUCGUUACAGUUUAUGUUGAAGGGAUCAACAUCUUUUCAGUAUGUUUCAUCUGACCCAACUCAACCACAGCCUAUAGAUGCUCUCAGAGACGACACAGUUUCUACAAUCAUUACAAUAAAUCCUGGACUCGUUGUUACCAAAUUUAGAAUCAACAUUCUCACUUUCCAAAAAAGUCCAUGUUUAAGAUUUGACCUGUUAGGAUGCACCAAUUAUGAGGCCCUGUGUCCCAACACCUGCCUAAAUGGAGGUCAGUGUAUCGCUGAAAAUCAAUGCGCAUGCCCUACCAACUACAACGGAGCAAGAUGCGAAAAUCUGAUGUGUAAGACUGCCCUUGGGUUGGCAAGCGGGGCCAUCACAGAUAGUAUGAUUUCUGUGUCAUCGUCAGCUACAGGGAAAUCAAAAGAUAAGGUCCGCUACAACUGUUGCUCAGGAGAAGACAACGGAGCCUGGUGUCCAGCGCCCAGUGAUCAUCAUCCUUGGCUUGAGGUCAGACUUACUAAACCUAUGGCCGUGUCUGGUCUAAAUUUUCUUCAUCCCAGUCAAAAAGAUUCGCACACAUAUCCUAGCAUGUACAUGGAGACAUUUGAACUGAAAUUCAUCUCUGCGAUGGGCCCCAUUAGAGAGUUGCAUAGCUAUCAUGAGCACAUUCCAUCAAUUUUCAACUCUACUUUAUACUACAAUAUCGGACUGAAUCCAUACAUCGUCACAGAUGCUAUAAGAAUUUAUCCCGAAACUUACCAUAGUUCGGCUUGUUUUAGAAUGGAAGUCGUAGGGUGUGAUCCAGCAGUUCUUUGUAGUCAAGAUUUCUGUAAGAACGGAGGAACAUGUAUGGGUGUUAAUGUUUGCAAAUGUACUCAUGGAUUCUAUGGGGACAGCUGUGAUAAACAGACUUCAAAUAUGGUACACCUUAACUUGGGAUUUACACAAAUCAUACAACAUGUUAUUCACACAAACUUGCACAUUACUUUAAACAUUCAUGGAACUGCAACCCUAGUGAACAGUGACAGCGGAAAGGCAAUAAGCCUGACAGGAAACAGUUAUAUCAUAGUCAACAACACUGGAUUCAACGCCUGUCUUAAGGACAUUGACACAUGUUCUUCUGGUUUCACGCUUACGAUUAAUGUGAAUCUUCAUCAACUCACUGAUAACACGUACAUUGUAUCCAGUGGUGGAGACUUACAGAAUCACAAAGGAAUAGCUCUCUUUUAUAAAAGUCAUACACUACAUUUUGUUGUAACGACAUCAUCCAAUCAGUGGAUCGUAACGGUCCCGAAUACACUGAGCUUGAAUGUCUGGCACAAGAUUGAGCUUUCCUGGAGCAAGACAUCCGGGUCUUUACUUGUCAUUGAUAAUAAUCUAGCUGGUUCUGUAAGCCGACCACAGCCAACUUUAGCUCAUCAGGUCUUGCCACUUACAAUAGGGCACGGCUAUCAUCAUCCUCAGGUGUCCAUUUCUAUGACCGUCAGUGGUGUGCAAACGUUUGAUUCCCAUAGGGAUAAUCUUAUGCUUAAUGGAUUGGUUACUACUCCUAAAGCAACCACAGCACAACAGACAACAACUUCUGUGUCUACUACAACAGAAACAACAACUUUACCAAGCACGACAACACAAGCUGGUGCAACCACGGCUGGCUCUACAAUACAGGCCAAGCUACAACUCCUUCCUGUGAUCAACAGACGUUGGAUUUUAGUUUCAAUAAUAUUGAAGGAAACAUCAUAUAAUUUUACUGUCUUUGGCAAACCACAUUUAACGCCUGAGCAAAAUGGAGCAAUUCUGGAACUCCACAAAGAUGGCCAGUAUGUUGAACUGCCGAAUUACGGACUAGAAUGUAUCCAAGAUAUGACGAAAUGUGAUCAUGGGUUUACACUGAGUGCAGAGAUCAAACUAAAGGACAUGAAUUCCACGGACAAGCGUUACAUACUCUCAAGCGGAGGGGAUCAGGUUGGAGCCAGCGGUCUGGCUCUAUACCUCUGGCACGGUGACCUGUAUUGCUCUACAAAGAAAGAUAACUAUAUAUGGACUGCAAAGCAGAAACUGAAUAUCAAAGCUGGAGAAUGGCACAUUUACCAAGUUUCUUGGAACAAAAAAGACGGCUUUAUAGUUUAUUUGGAUGGAAAAGUAUUCAUGUCUCAUUCAAUCAAAUUACCAAACCCUGAUCAACCUACUGUAUACCCCCUGUAUAUAGCAAAUGCGCCAAACAGCACUUAUUCCUCCACACAAAUGGAUGUUAGGAAUCUGUACACGUGGUCUGCAUCACGUGACUCUCUAAUCGGACAAGGAUGUAUCUUGCUAAAGUUCUAA